CCUCAAAACUCAUUCUUCAUCUCUUAUAACAACAAUUUCAUUUCAUUUUUAUCAAAUUCAAUUUCUCAUUUCUCUUUGAUCAACCCUUUUCCCCCCUCAUCUCUCAACACCAACUUCAACCUCUCAAUGGCAUGGGGGCCUAAAAAAUGGCAUCUAGUGGUGUUGGUUUUGAACUUGUCGACUAUUUGGGUUGUUCAUGGAGUUCAAAAGGUUCCUUGUUACUUCAUUUUUGGAGAUUCGUUAUACGACAAUGGAAAUAAUAACAAUCUUCCAACCAAGGGUAGAGCCAACUACCCGCCAUAUGGUGUUGACUUUCCUCGAGGGCCAACAGGAAGAUUUACCAAUGGCCGAAACCUCGCUGAUAUUUUAGCUCAACUUCUAGGAUUUGAAAAUUUUAUACCAGCUCAUGCAACUAGUAAAGGUGAUCAAGACAUUCUCAAAGGUUUAAAUUAUGCAUCUGGAGGAGCUGGAAUUCGUGAAGAAACUGCAACAAAAACCCUGGGAGCGGCAAUCAGCAUGAACAAGCAAUUAGAAAAUCAUCAAAAUAUAGUCUCGCGCACUGAGAGCAUACUAGGAGAUAAGGAAUCGGCUUCAAAGCACCUAAGCAAGUGCAUUUACACAGUUGGAAUCGGCAGCAACGAUUACAUUAACAACUACUUAUUGCCUGAGUUUUAUGAUACAAGUCGCCAAUACACACCAGAGCAAUAUGCUAUUGCUCUUACUCAACAAUAUUCUCAACAGUUAAAGACUUUGUACAAUUAUGGGGCAAGAAAAAUAGCCCUAUUCGGAUUAGGCCCUCUCGGAUGUUCACCGGGCAGUGUCGCGAUGUAUGGCACAAAUGGAUCUUUAUGCGUAGACUACAUAACCACAGACAUUCAACUGUUCAAUUCCAGGCUUAAAUCGCUAGUCGAUGAUCUAAAUAACGAUCUCAAAGACGCAAAGUUUAUCUACAUUGAUGCUUAUGGGAUAUUGGGAUCUCUACUGGCUGGUAUAGAUGGAUUCUUAGUGAACAAUACUCCAUGCUGUGAAGUUGCCAAUUUGAAGAUGCAUAAUGGUGUUUUAACGUGUAUUCCUUCUUUAAAGCCGUGUGUUACAAGAUCUUUGCGCGUAUUUUGGGAUGGAACACAUCCAUCUGAGGCUGCAAAUUUAUAUUCAGCUGCAAGAUCAUUCACUGCUCUACUUACUUCCGAUGCUCACCCAUUUGAUAUUCGCACACUAGCUGAGCUUUAGUGGAUUAAGUUU